GAACACGGGGACGUUAGAGUCCCCGAUCUCGUGUCCAUGCGGCUCGACUCGCCCGGACUCACGGGACCACCCACGACGACGAGAGGAAAGAGGAAGAGGAAGAAGAAGAAGGCGGAGGAGGAGGACGACGAGGAGUCUCGCGUCGUCUAUCGUUGUUGUUCUCUCUUUCGUCGGAUCGCAACCCCUAAACAAGAACGACGUGGCAACGUCGUUAUCGCCGAGCGGCAACGUCAACGACAUCAUCGGCAUCAGCAUCAGCAUCAUCGCCGACAACAACAACAGCAUCAGCAGCAGCAACAACAGCAACAGCAGCAACAACAACAGCAACAGCAGCAACAACAACAACAACAACAACAACAACGACGGCGACGUCGUCGACGUCGAAGACAGCAGCUGCACGGAGAACACGAGGACGGGCCAGCAGCUAGAAACGCCACUGCCUUUCGCGCCUCUCGCCACCCUCCUUUCCGCAGUGUGGUGCGCGCGCGUUAUCACGCGGUCACACCGACCUUGGAAGCCGAGCAGGGAGAACGCCGAGCGGAUCGGCUCUCAGCGACGCGACCACAACGACGACGGUGGGCUGUUGCUCCUACCUCCCAGUCGAGAAAGAAAAGGGGACUCGCUGGACGCCGUAGAAGAUCAUCUAUUUUCAACGAUCGAAUCUUCCUGCGUGGUUACACCGUCGAACGUUUCUCGGUACGCUCUUAUCCCGCGUCAAAUGGAUUCGCGAACAGUGCGAUUUUUCUCACGGGUACUUCUUCUUCUCUUGAUGUGCUUGCUAACACUGCCUUUAAUGACGACGACGAUGACGAGGACGAAACGGAGAAUAUAUCGUCGUGCCGACGGCCGACGAUGGACGCAUUCGUCGAAUCCUCGUCGACGAUCGAGAUCGAUGCUACGCGAUGUCACUCGUGGACUAUCAAAAAUAGUGGAACCGGAAUCGGAACGGACGACGCAACCGUCGUUAAUCACUGUACAUCGGCUCAUUUAUCAAACGCUGACAAGAAUAGAAAGUCUUCCAGCUAUCGUCUUCAACGAGAAGAGAAUCGAAGCGAUAGCUUCGAAGAACAAGGAAGAAGAGUCAUCGUCGACGACGUUGACUUUGAACGUGAAAGAAAGAGAAGAAAAGAAAGAGAAACUCAAGGAAACAACGAGUAUCCUGAUGGAUUUCCACAAUCGACUCAUAGUCGGAGAGAAGGAAAUUGGUCGAACGAAUCUAACGCGAAUCUCAGGAUCGUCCUCGAGGAGAGUAUUUCGAGAAUCGCGUAUCGCCGGCGUCAGGAGCAACAAUGUCAACAACAACAGCAACAUCACCAACAGCACCGCCACCACUACCAUCACCAUCACCACCAACAACAACAGCAGCAACAGCUGCCUCGUCGCGGCAGGAAUUACGGACUGCUCCUUCUCUUGUACCUCCUGACGUGGCCGUUGUUGUGCUCGAGCAACAGUUCGAGCCAACAUCCUUCCCCGGCUGGCUUUGGACAAAAGGCGGAUACCUACAGCAGGGGUGAGAACCUCAUACGGGAACGAAACGACAGCGAUAGAAAUAAUAGCAACAACAGGAACAACCACCACAACAGCAACAGCAGCAAAACGACACCGAGAGGCUCAUCGUUGUCUUUAUCGUCCAACAACGCGGUGCAACAAUACGUUCAAAGCGACGAGAACGAUCAACAUCGUUAUCGUCAGGAGGCAGACUCGAAAGCUCAACAAAUGGAAAUUGAAGAGUUUUAUCAGGAUCAGCAGGCUAUCCCUGAGACCACUGACGCGCAUCCUUACAACGAAUACGCUUGGGAGGUGAACCAGAUAAAUCCUUGGCUGUCGGCCUGCGAUCUGGCUGGUCCAGCGCCGGCCGAUCUUCAGGGUACCUGUGGUCCACCAGAAGCUCCAAAGAUCUGUCCAGGUCCAUGCAAAUUAAAAUCGCAAGGAAACGAGCCCGAAGCUGGUUUCGUCCAAGUUAUUAAGAAACUAAAAGCUAUGGAGCAAAAAUCGAGGGCAAGGAAGAAAGAUGGUGAUCGUGGUAACGAUCUUCAUAACGAAGCGAAGGAGCUGGCGAAGGAAAGGAAAAGGAACUACGAGGAUAACGACGAUAAGGAUGGCGACGAGGUGAAGCGCGAUCGAGCUAAGCCCGAUGAUGGCGAGCGGGCGGUUCCGGAACAGUGCCUUUUUUAUCUCGAGGAGUCGCACAAGAGAGACAUCUGUCGGGACGAUUUCGGCCGGGCCAGUACGAGAAGUUUUUUAACCCCAAGGGAGAAUCGAUAUUGGUUCAUGAGUGGGUUGCGUCUGCGGCAUUGCUGCGAACACGCGGUGGUCAACGCCCUGGCGCCUGGUAAGGGAGGCCCGCUCGAGGACGUGCUAAAUGGCGGCCGGAAAUGCGCCGAUGCUUUGGAAAAGCUGUUUCUCGUCGACCAGCUCGCCGCCAGAUUACACUGCGAGUUCGAGGAAGUCCUGGCGCGCUACGACUGUGCCCAGCCGUACUCGGUCAUCCACAAUUGCAACCACUGCAAGGAAGCGUAUAGAAAAUGGGUGUGCAGCUCCCUGGUGCCUUACUUUGCUCACGGGGAACCGCAGGACUUGGAGUCCUCAGAGGGAACUUGGACUAGGAUAAGACCGUGUCUAUCCCUCUGCCAGUCCGUGGAACAACGUUGUCCUUAUUUGCUUCCGGGUGACCGUGCCCCCGCGUACCCUACGCAAUAUGCUGGCGAACCUACCUUUCUUUGCAGAGACCCGAACAUACUUGAGACGGGGGAACAAGCUACAAGGGCGUUGCACAGUAGCGACGAACGAGAAUGCUGUUUCCACGUGUGCUCGGAACAGGAGCUAGACUCGGGGAUCUGUGCGAAUUGUACCGAUCGCAAGUCACGUAAACGAGGUAGAGAACACGAUCCUCCGACGGCACCCCAUUGCGAGAUUACACCUAUUCAAUCGGGCUCUGCAGGUGAGGAGGAAGCAGCAGGAUGGCCAGUAUCCACGGAUGGCAAGGACAUCGAGUCCGGUUCAACGUCGACGUUCUCCCCAAUGAUCAUGCACGAUCAACAACAACAACAACAUCAGCAACAACAACAACAACAACAAUAUCAGGGUACAUCGUUAUGCGGGAGUGGUGGAGUCGGCUCAAUGACAUCGAGUUCAUCGAAUCGUGCAACGGCUUCUUACGUAGUGCGUUUUCUUUGUCUUUUAUCGAUCAUGAUCCAAUUCUUCCGGUGGUCGUGCCUGUUAUUGGGGAGUUUCUCGAGGACGAUCGUCGUGCUCGUGCGAAACGUCCUGUAUUCAGGACGUAAUUUUGCGUCCUUCGUCGUUGUCGUCGUCGUCGUCGUUGGAAGUGAAAGAGUUGAAGAAGAAGAAAAAGAAGAAGGAGAAGAAAGGCGAUCGAUCGAGAAAAUUCGGCCUCGUUCUCGUUCAGGCUGGUUUUGUUUUCGGUGGUGGUAUCCAUCGUUGUCAUCAAAGAAUAGAAAGUUGACCAUCUCUUUAAAUAAGAAGGAUAAUAAGAAUGAAGAAGAAAAAGAAAAUGAUGAUGAUGAUGAUGAUGAUGAUGAUGAUGAUGAUGAUGAUGAUGAUGAUGACGCGAAAGAGGAGGAGGAGAAGAAGCAAAAUAAAAAGGAAAAGGACUGGCGUAAAGUUUGGUGGAGACAGUGGUGUUGUUGGUGGAGUUACUGGUGUAGAAAACGCAGAAAUAAUAAAAGAAGUGAGUACGGUCGAAGAAUCGAACUCCUCCCGAUCGUCGUCAACGUCGUCGUUGUCGACGUAGUCGUCGUCCACGUCGUCCUUGAGGUCCGUAGUAAUAAGAGAACGACGAAGGAGCGCAAAUCGCGUCGUCGGCCUCGCCAUCGACGGCGCCGUUACAAGCUCGAACCACGUCGUGGCCGUUGUCGUUGGAGAUGGAAAGAGGAAGACUCUGACUCGAGUUUUGUUCAGAGGAAAGAGCCUGAGGGGAGCAUAUGUAUUUUCUUUCUUACCAUUUCCUCUUUCUCCUCCUUCUCGUCUUCGUCCAACGAACGAGAGGACCCUCGAAGGACGAGAAAUCGUUCACGAUCCCACCAUGACUUAUCCAUUUCUCCAUUCACCAAUCCCAUUUCCCCCUCCGUGUGUUCGCAAAAGGCCAAAGGACGAGGCAGGACCUUGUAGUCAUUAGCGAGCGAUAGGACGAAGACGAGUUAGGACUUUAUCAAUGCGACUAUGAUGUUACACACUAAGAAGAAGCGAGGAGAGGAUCGUUAUUGUCUAUUAGGCAACUAACGUAACGUCUAACGCUAAUAAUAAUGAUAACAAUAAUACAAUAAUAAUAAAUA